AUGUUGGCAUCAGGCAUACUGAUGCAUUCAGAACAGGGUAUCAUCCAAUGGGUGGACAUGGAAAGAGCCCAACUGGACAAAAACGCAACGCUCGACUUCCUAUGGACGCCGAGAAAACAUAGACCAAACAAACCAAACCUAUACCCCACCACAGCAUUGACCGUCCACAUUUGGUCAAAAUUCUUAGAUACAGUAGGGGCCAAAGAAACAUUCCACCCCAACGCACCACUGACCGCCCUAAGAGCCAUAUCACCAGACAUACGUCUUCAGACAUGGGUACAUGCAGGCAUUAGACAUAUUCACCAACUAAUGCAAUCACAAGAAGUAAUGACCUUCACGGACAUACAACAGAAAUGGGAGUUACCAGCAAACGCUAUUUUCACAUACCUACAACUAAAAGGGAUCAUCAACACACAUGUAAACAGACAACAACAACCCCUUAGCCCGAGCCCCCCUUCAACAAAAGCAAUAAUAGAAAGAUGCUGGAAAGGCCCUAUGAAAAAGAAAAGUAUUUCCCUAUGUUAUAAGGCCUGGGACGGUACCUUACCCAACACUACACCGCACUGCAAAACAAUGUGGGAAACAGAAUGCACUAUCCAACUCACAGAUGAUGAAUGGAUUCACGCACUGAACGCCAUAUCUAACUGGACUAAGUGCUACACCCAUAUAGAAGCACAUAGAAAAUUGCUGUAUAGAUGGCACUUAACUCCCUACACUUUCCAUAAAAUUUACCCCAAUUCGUCUCCCCUUUGCUGGAGGUGUUUGGCAGAGAUAGGCACGCACAAGCACAUAUGGUGGUCAUGUCCCAACAUACAACCCCUCUGGGUAGAAGUACAAAACACUCUAAGUGCCCUCAAC